GGAUUCUCUUAUCUCUCUAUAUCUUUAUAUGUAUCUAUCUCUUUCCGUCCCCAGGCUAGUGUAGUAGUAAAUUCUAAAUAGAGUCGUCUCUCUCAUUCGUUCAUCCAAUUAAUAUAUGUUUUUUAUACGUCCCAUCAAAUUCUCUCUCCCUCUUUCUCUAUUUAUUUAUUUUUUCUUUUUCUUUCACAGACGACUCACAUUGCAUCGGAAACACUCUUGACCCAGAAUCAUUAGCCAAAUAAGCCAAUAAUUACAAUGAAUUCAGUGUGAUUUCUGACAGAAUCCGCAUCGGGAAGAGCCAAACCCCAACCACUGUGAGUGACAGAGAGAGAGAGAGAGAGGGGGGACAAGCGGAGCUGUACUCGACUGUUGAGCCAUUUUGGACCGAUCAGAUUUUGAGGUCAACAAAAGUCAACAUUCGGACGAUAAAAAACUGAUGAAUUCAGAAGCAGGAGUGGAAAGUAACGACCCGAAUGGAGGGGAGACGGCUCCAUCGUCGACCAGCGGAGGCACGGCCGAGGGCGGAACCGAGUCAACGGAGGCAACACCGAGCCGCUACGAGUCGCAGAAGCGUCGAGACUGGAAUACUUUCCUACAAUACUUAAGAAACCACAAGCCGCCACUGACGCUUGCCGGAUGCAGCGGAGCUCACGUGAUUGAAUUCUUGAAAUACCUAGACCAGUUCGGGAAAACUAAGGUACACGUAACAAGCUGUCCGUAUUUCGGCCACCCGAGUCCUCCGGCCCCCUGUGCGUGCCCUUUGAAGCAGGCUUGGGGCAGCUUGGAUGCCAUAAUCGGCCGGCUCCGGGCUGCCUAUGAAGAGAACGGCGGCCGACAGGAGACCAAUCCUUUUGGGGCUAAAGCCGUUAGGUUAUAUCUUAGAGAAGUGAAAGAAAGUCACACAAAGGCUAGAGGAAUACCCUAUGAGAAGAAAAGGAGGAAAAGGUCAGCCUCUGCCGCCGUCAGCGGUGGUGCAUCUACAGUGGCGAUGGCGGUUGGUGCCAGUUCUACUGGUGGUACUGAAUCUACUGAUAGUGGUGAAGGCGGCGGUGGUGGUGCAACUACUUUGCCUGCAACGUCUUCUACCACAACAUAGAAUCAGUAAAUUUACCCAAUUUUCUUUCUUUUUCUUUUUCCUUACAAUUUUCUAUCUAUAAUGGAAGUUUCUAAUUUAUUCAUAUACUUAUAAUUGAUAUGAAUUUUAUUA